AUGAAGGGCGUCGUUAUAGCGGCAGUGGUGGUGCUGCUGGCCAUGUUGGUCUUUGCUGAACCGGGCCAUGCCACGGUCACUUGCCAACAAGCAGUGUCAUCUGUGACUCCUUGCCUUCAAUAUCUUACCAGCGGCUCUGGCACCCCUCCCGUGGCAUGUUGCAGUGGUGUUUCGGGUCUGAGACAGCUCACUCAAACCACCGAAGAUAGGCGCACAGCCUGCCAGUGCCUCAUGGACGCAGCAAAUCAAAACCAAGACAUUAAGGAAGCUGCUGCGGCUGGCCUUCCCGCGGCAUGCCGAGUUCAGAUCAACGUUCCAAUUUCUAGGAGCGUCGACUGCAACAAUAUUGAGUAA